AUGUUAUUGGAGGUUCUUCAUAAAUACCAGUUGUUCACUGGUCAAAAAGUGAAUUUGCACAAAUCCUCUCUUUUUCUGAGCAAAAAUGGUUCUGCUUCCCUAAGUGCCAGACUUUCUGCUAUUCUAAAUGGGGUACAAAUCAAGAGAUCUUCCAAGUAUCUUGGGCUACCGUUGGGCAUUGGAGCUUCUAAAAUCGAAAAUUUUCAAUUUGUGGUUGAGGUUGUUAGAGAGAGGAUCUGUAGUUGGAAGAACCACUUCCUAUCUACUGCUGGGAAGGAGGUUUUAGUGAAACAUGUUCUAAGUGCUUUGCCUGUGUUUGUCAUGUCCUGUUUUGUCAUUCCUAUUUCUGUGUGCAAGGAGGUGUGUCGACUCAUGGCUAGAUUCUGGUGGCAAAAGGGAGAUAACAAUGGUAAGGGGAUGCAUUGGCUUUCUUGGGACAAUCUUGCAAUUCCUAAAGAUGAGGGGGGUCUGGGAUUCAAAGAUUUGCAAUUGUUCAGAUUCCAAAUGAACAAACUCAAACUUGAAAAGGACCUUUCUGAUUCUCGAAGAAUGAGGGGCAAGGGGAUUGAUCGAGAAAGAUCUUGA